AUGACCGCAUUUCAGGUGUACAGUACGCCUCCCGGCAACAGUCCACCAGCACCGAACGGCACCCUCUUGUCACCAAGCCAACAGAACACCCGCCGUACCAGUGGUGUCCACUCCAAUGCUGACUCUUCACCACUCUCGAACGGCGGCUCGCAGAACGUACCAUCUUCUCCGCUGUCACCCGCCUCGAACGGACAGUGGAGCUCGGCUGUUGGCCAUGCAGGCACCGGCAAGUCUGGUCGCGUGAUUGAGAAGCUCAUGGCAGAGAAUGACAAGCUCAAGCGCGAGCUGAAAGAGCAGAUGGUGAAGGCUGAGGAGUUUCAGCGCAACUUGCAGACUGUGAAGCCACAGAUGGGGGCUCUUCAGGCAGAGAUCGACAACCUGUCUCACGCUAAGGGUGUGGAUCGUUCGUUGCUCGCCCGCAGAGACCGCCAGAUCAAAGAGCUGAAGGACGAGCUUGCGGAGGAGAAGAAGAACAGACAAGCUGCGACCUUACGCAUGCAGCAAAUAGAGGCUGCACGCGACGAAGCCGUAGAGCUCUGCGAUACAGCCACGCAGCGCGCGGUAGAGGAGACGAAGCAUGCCACCAAUCAUGCGGAGAUCCUUCGGACCAGCUACAACCAAAAGAACACAGUGUUCGAGAGACAGAUCGCAAACGCGGCCAAGGAGCAGAAGGCCCUGCAUGAUGCCAUUGCGCGGGAUCAGCAGACCAUCUCGAGACUCAGCGUUGUCACGGACCAGAUGCGGCAGGAAGCUGAGCGUAAUCGGAAACUUCAGGAAGAGACGCUGGCACAGUGGGUCAAGUUGCAAGAAGAGUCCAAGGCGCAGAUGUCGGGACUGCAGCACCAGACUGACGCCGAGAACGAGAAGACCCGCAAGCUGAGUGUCGAGAUGGACAAGGUGGUGGAUCAGAUGCGCUGGGUCAUGGGCAUCAAGAAAAACACAGGCUUGGAUUCUUCAAACUAG